AUGUGCUGGCUGCUGUACCAUUCGUAGUCUGAACUUUGCACUGCACUUGAGGUUGGACUAGCACACUCGGGACUAGCACACUCGGCAAAUGCAACAAAGUAUCUAAAGGUAUAUUUUGCAACAAAGAGGAUGAUGGCAACAUCCGUGAAAUUGAACACCGGUGCAGACAUGCCCAUUCUCGGUCUCGGGACGUGGAAGUACCACUCCCACCCAGCUAAAGUAACUGAUGCGGUGAGGGCGGCCAUAGCUGCAGGCUACAGACACAUCGAUGGGGGCUUCAUCUACCAGAACGAGACAGAGGUGGGAGAGGGAAUUCAUGCCAUGGUCAAGGAGGGGGUGGUGAAGAGAGAGGAGCUGUUCGUGGUCAGCAAGCUGUGGUACACAUUCCAUGGGAAGUCUAUGGUGAAAGAAGGCUGUCAGAAGACUCUCAGUGAUCUCAAACUGGACUACCUGGAUCUUUAUCUGAUACACUGGCCCAUGGGCUUCCAGCCUGGAGAGGCCCUCUUCCCUACGGACAGCAAUGGAAAUAAUAUUGACGAUGGGUCCAAGUUCCUGGAGACAUGGGAGGCUAUGGAGGAGCUGGUGGAUGCUGGACUGGUCAAGGCUAUCGGUGUCUCCAACUUUAACAAAGACCAGAUUGAAUCCAUCCUGAACAAGCCAGGCCUCAAGUAUAAACCUGCCAACAACCAGGUUGAAUGUCACCCCUAUCUGAACCAGGAGAAGUUGAUCAACUACUGUCACUCUAAGGGCAUCUCUGUGACCGCCUACAGCCCCCUGGGUGCCCCAGACAGACCAUGGUUCAAACCAGGGGACCCUUCGCUGCUGGAGGAUCCCAACAUCAAGGCCAUCGCUGAGAAGCACAAGAAGACCUCUGCCCAGGUCCUGAUCCGCUUCCAUAURCAACGGAACACGAUUGUGAUUCCCAAGUCUAUCACCCCCACACGUAUCCAGGAGAAUUUCAAGGUGUUUGACUUUCUGUUGAGCGAUGAGGAAAUGAAGACCAURCUGGGCUUUAYCAGGAACUGGAGAGUCUGCCCAAUGAAAGGGAGCAUGAAGCACAAGGACUACCCAUUCAGUGCUGAAUUAAGGAAACAGUGGAUUCACAAAGUUACAUCUCUGAUGUCUGCCCUCUCUCUGUUCUUGUUCAGAUUCAUUCUUAUUUCUCCCGUUAAGACAAUGUGCAGAAAUAGCCACCCUUGAGCUAGUUUCUUGCGAAUACCCUCUUGUGCUAGCGAAUACCCAUACAUACUGUGAUUUUAGUAUUUGUGUAUUGCACUAUUGUAUUUCUCAUGAGAUAUACACUCUGACCUAUARUAUUGCCUUCUUUCAUAGCCUAAUGCACAAUGGUCAUUAUUUUUUCAACAAUCAUGGAAACAUAAUUUGACAUAGGAUCGAUAUUAAUGAAGUAUAAAAAAGCUUUUGGUUUCUGGUUUGAUACUGUAGCAAAUGCAAGGUGCCAGAUUUCCUAACGCACAAUACYGUGUUUGUGGCUUCUCA